AGUACUUCAAGAGAUGAUAUGGAGAAAACCAGUCCCAGCGAGAAACACUUUGCUGAGGUUGGUGCCACAGCACUGAUACCCCUUGAAAAUGAAGGCCGAGCAGAUACCGCUGCCAUCGAGUCAAAACGAGCACUGAAUACUGAUGACCAACAACCAGACGACAACAGCGAUGCAGAAUCUAUUGGUGGGCAAAGGAAUACCAUGUCAGCGAAGCGUCUCAUGAUAGCCAUUCCAGCCCUGUCAGUCUGUCUUUUCGUCUCGUUCGUCGACCAGACUUCAGUAUCUACAGCCACGCCUGCCAUAGCAGAUGAUCUGAAUACGGGAACUGCUACAUCUUGGAUUGGAACAUCAUUUCUCAUUGCUUCGACGGCAUUUCAAUUGAUCAAUGGUCGCCUCUCGGACAUUUUUGGACGCAAGAACAUGCUACUGAUCUGUCUGUUUUUGAUGGCCCUGGGCGAUCUUGGGUGCGGGUUCGCCCAGACUGCUGGACAGUUGUAUUGGGGUGGUGGCAUCAAUAGUCUCGUUAUGAUCAUCGUAAGCGACAUCACGACGCUCCAAAAUCGCGGAAAAUACCAAGGUUGUAUUGGUGCCAUCAUUGCUCUUGCAAACGGAGUCGGUCCCUUCCUGGGAGGUGCUGUGGUCGAAGGCGCAACUUGGAGAUGGGUUUUCUGGAUGAUACCUAUCAUGACUAUUCCCACGGCUCUGAUGAAGAAGAUCGACUAUGGCGGCAUAGUGCUCAACAUCGCGGCCACCCUCCUGAUUCUUGUACCCUUGUCAGGAGGCGGCGUAACCUAUCCAUGGUCCUCUGCCUUCUUCAUCGCUGCUACUGUCAUUGGUGUGGUCCUGGCGAUAGUUUUCGUUUUCUAUGAAUGGAAGGCCGUCGCCUUACCACUCAUGCCACUUCGACUGUAUCGAGCUCCUCACUGUUGGGCGCUUUAUCUUCAAACGGCCUUGAUCGGGCUGGUUUAUUAUGGAAACUUCUUCUAUCUGCCGAUCUACUUCCAAUCGAUCCUGAGGUAUUCACCACUAGUAUCUGGAGCUUUGAUCUUGCCAGUCGUGAUCACGUCGUCUAUCACAUCUAUCUCGAGCGGUCAGUACAUGGCUCGAAUUGGCAGCUAUAUGCACUGCAUCACUGCCGGUUUUUUCCUGUGGACCUUAGGCAGUGGGCUCACGUUGAUGUUCAAUCGAGACACUGGACUGGGUCGACUCAUUGAGGGCGCUGGCAUUGGGCUAACUCUGCAACCCACACUUGUUGGAUUAUACGCCAACAGCCGAAGCGAGGACAGAGCCGUCACGACUGGACUGCGUAAUUUCAUCCGUACAGUCGGCGGAUCUUUUGGUCUCGUCAUCUCUGGUGUAACGUUGUCGAAUACUUUGAGCUCGGAGUUGAAGCGUGCUGGCUUCGCAUCAGACAGGUUGAUUGCUGAACUCACCUCUUCCACGUACGCUCUCGACAAAAGCGACUUGACCGAGGCUACGAAGGAGAAAGUCCUAGACGUAUAUAUGCUAGGAUUGCAUCAUAUCUUCAUAUUCUUCACAACAUGUGCAGGAUGUGGAUUGUUAUUGAGUCUUUGGGUUGGCAAUACUAGUCUAAAGGCACCGAAGCAAGUCGACGGAGCAACUCCGAACAAUAAUGAGGCAAAGGAAGUGACAACCGAGCUACCAGGAACAGAGCCGGACUUAGAGAGUGGUCGUGAACUGAAGAGCUGA